AUGGCACCGAUCGCAGCGCCGAUGGACCACGCCGUGGAUGACAAGCGGACAGCGACGGCGGCGGUGAGCAGCAGCGAACCGCUAUCAACACGAACAGCAGCAGCAGCAGCAGAGACCAAGCAGCUCCGGCGUGGCGUCUACACGCCUGUCCUGACCUUCUUCCGCGCGGACGCGCACGAGUCGCUCGAUCUGGACACCUUCAGCACGCACGUGAAGUGGAUUGCAGCGGCUGGUGGCGCCGGCAUCGUCGUGCUCGGAUCCACCGGCGAGCGCGUCGCGCUGAGCGAGCAGGAGCGCAUACAG